ACAUGCAGCUUGACCUAAAUUAUAGCUGUAGCGGUUUCAGAUUUUCUAGUCAGAUUAUCAAAAACAUUGUAGUGUUUAAAAAUAUUGAAUUUUUAAUUGAUACAGAGUAAACUUCUACUAUUGUUUCAGUUUCAUAGAUUAUUGAAAUUAGGCUUUAUCAAUGGUAGAUUAUUCUGAUCAACCUCCAUCUGAUCAGUGUAUUUCUAAUCAAGAUUUAACACGUUAUGGACAUUUUCUCGAUCAACUUCACACCCAAAUUAAUGAGCUUGAGAAUCAAGUAACAGAGGUUGAACAGUUUUACCAAUCUACUGAUGUUCAAAACAAUGAUUGCAAAACCAAAGGCCGAGAGAAGCCUCCUGCUGGAUCUAAGAAGCCGCCGCAGCGUGUUUUGGAAGAAAUGCAAGACGAGAUCAUGCGUAAUUUUUCCAAAAUGUUAAACGAUAUAACUCAUCACAAAUGGGCAUGGCCCUUUUUGGAACCUGUAGAUGUUAAAGGUCUUGGGCUGUAUGAUUAUUAUGAGAUCAUUGAAAAGCCUAUGGAUUUUAGCACAAUAGAAAAAAAAAUGAAGGUUAAAGAUGGCUCUGGUUAUAAAAAUGUGAAGGAGAUAUAUGCUGAUGUAAGGCUGAUUUUUAAUAAUGCAAUGAAGUACAAUGAAGAAAAGCAUACUAUCCAUGAGAUGGCCAAGACCUUGCUGUACAAAUUUGAGAAGAAAUGGUCACAUCUAUUGCCUAAAGUCACAAAAUUGGAGAAUGAACUAUCAAAGGAAGCACAUGAGAAUUUGAACAAAAAGCUUGCUCAAGAAGCCACUUAUGCCAACAUGACUAUGAAAUUAAGCGAGGAGUUGUCUAAGGCUGAUAAAGCUUUGACGAAUCUCAAAUCGAUAAUGAUUGCAAAGUGCAGGAAACUGUCAUCUCUGGAGAAACCGUUACUUGCGGCGGAUAUCACUAAAUUGUCUCCUGAUAACCUCCACAAGGCGUUAGAGAUAGUUAAUGAGAAUAAUCCAAAUUUCCAACUCAAUAUUGAAGAAGUGACCCUUGAUCUUGACUCUCAGAGCAACUACACAUUGUGGAGACUGUAUAUGUUUGUAAAAAAUGCACUAGAACUUCAAGAUGCAUCAAGCGGGAUUACUCAUGUAGACAACAUUGAGGAAAAUGAAGUGAUUACUCGUGAGGAAGAGAAAACCGAUGUCAAAAGGAGGAGAAUGAUGUGAUUCUCUUGCCAAUGACAUGUAAUAAGGACCCGGAAAAGUUAUCCGUAUUACAUUGUUAACUUAAACGUUGUAGAGUAUUUGCAAACAUCAAUGUAUGAUGCUUUUCAAGUUGAGUAGACAAAUUCAAAUCCUCAACAC